ACUUUGUUUUGACGCGGUAGUCUCUCUCUACAUGUUCAUAGAACUUCAGCACAAGAAAACAGAGGAAUGUUGACAGGAAGUGGAGGAAUCUGCUGGUAUCUGGAAGCACUUAAAAGUGGAUGCAAGAAGACGUCUCUCAGCCAUAAAGAAGAGUGAAAUAUGAGCAGUGACUACCAACCACUGUCUUCAGCAGAAUCCUGCAAAAGUUUAUACAUAGAGGUGUCAGAGUGCUUUAUAUGCAGGGAUGUUGAACUUCCAGCCAGUGACCCACUGAGGAAUUUCUGCGACUGCAAGAAUUUACUUGCCCAUCACGUGUGUCUAUCCACAUGGAUCCAGAGGGGAAGUGGCAGCGAAGACAGGCUGCGAUGCAUCUUGUGCAAAGCCAAGUACCAGCUCCAGAGGAGGUCUCCAUGGCUGUCGGUGAGCUUCCAGUGGCAGACGUGGCUUGUUUUGCUCAUUGCAUUUACUUUGCUGGGACUGGUGCCUUACGUUGUUCACUGCAUGAUGACUGCAUUCACCAACCCUCCUCCUCCCAGCACCUUUAAAGUGGCAGCAGCCUCUUUUGGUCUGCUAACAGAGAUCCUCCUGAUCAAGUGUCUGUCCAGUUACCUCAGCAACCGUUACCGGCAGGCUGAGCAGAGCUCCUUCACUGUCCAGGCCAGAGGUUUCCAAGAGGACAGAACGAGCCGGGGCCCCUGGGAUCAGUCCGCGGCCGCUUCAACAGCGACGGGUCACGCUUCAUCAGCAGCCUCACCCAGUCAAGUGGAGGAGAGGAAAGUGGAUGUGGUGAAGAGUGGAUGUCUCAGCUUUUUUUAAACCUCUAACAGAAGGAGUUUACAGAGUAGAGGGUGAGAGUAAAUCCUUGGGGUAUUACAAUGUGUCUAACAGCCAUUUAAGAUAUCACAUCAGUUUAUCAGUGUGGCGUUUAUGAGAUCUUACACUUUAAAACCUAUUUUCAAGGUGUCAAACAUUCUUGUUUUUCUCUAUGUCAAACUCUUGCACUCUCACUUUAUUCAGUGGAUAUAUUCUCACAUGUUGCAAAUUGAUGAUAAGGAAGAGAACGCACGCAGCUUGCAUGAGUGUGUUCAGGCACUGAGAGGAAAAAAAAAAGAGCCUGAAAUCACUCUCUUUCCUUAAUGAUGCCCACACAGAGACAAUGGGGCGCCGCACUGAUUAGUGUCACCUGUCCUUGUGCAUCUCAUCAGCUCCAUUAUGGCUGCAUCUCCCAUGCCUCUUCUGCUAAUUGAAUAGCCUGUGAAGUGGUGACGAGGACGGGGGCGAGAGCGACGUCUGUGCCUCUGCUGCUUCAGAAAUGAGAGUAAAUCUUCCCACAGAGACACUAGUUCUUAAAACAUAAAGCAUUAUCAUACAGAUAGAAGAGGAGCCAACAAGUAGCCCUCUUGUUAUAUUACAGUCAUAUUGUCUACACAUUAUGUUCAUAUGCAAUAGUGUUAAAUUUGCUUCUACAGUAUGUUUUGGUGGGAGAUGCAAUGCAUUACACAUUUAUUAAGUUUAUCAGACAGAGCGUUCUUAUUGGACGUAGCCAUAAGACAUUCACUGAUUGACUGGCAACUAAAGUAUGGUUUAA